AUGGUAUCUGUUCGCGUUAUUAAUUGUAACUCCAAUUUCAGAGUACUUCUCUCGCUGCUGAUAAUAAUAGGGCUCCUUAUAUCUCAGGUUAACGGAUAUAGUGAACUAGGUUGUUUCGGCUCGCUACCUUCGAGUUUUACAUUAAGGAACACUUAUGAGUACCAAACGAGUUCAUACUGCAGUGGUCAAUGUAAUGGCUAUCAAUACUUUGCACUGAGCCAGCACAACCAAUGCUACUGUGGAAAUGAUGACCCCACAUCAGAAGCUACUUCAGAUUCCUGUAAUGCAUCCUGUUUUGGUUACCCAAGGGAAAUGUGCGGUGGCGACGACUCCUUUUCAGUUUACACGUCUGACGACGUUUCCUCGGGAUCUUCAUCCAGUUCAGGCUCUGCAACAUCAUCAGACUCUUCCACGCCUUCCAGUUCGACGACAUCUUCACAAUCUUCGACGCAACCAUCCUCUUCAGCCCUCCCUCCCUCUUCUGCAUCAUCAUCAUCAACGCCACCACCAUCAUCCUCAUCGUCACCAACAUCAUCACCGCCACCAUCGUCAUCUUCUUCCUCACCACCUUCUUCUUCAACUGAAGUUCCAAGGACCACGACACAGGAAACAUCUUCUUCUCCCCCAAUAUCUGUGGCGUACUCAACUUCAACGAAUACUGAAAGUGGAUCCGUGGUCUACGUCACAAACACAAUAACUCAAAGUGCUACCGCGUCUCAGAGUAGUACAAAUAAUCUAAACGAUGCGAACAACAGGAAUGAUCCAGGCGGUCACAGGAAAAAGGCAAAUAUAGGUGCAAUAGUGGGUGGAGUAGUAGGUGGAGUCGGCGGUGCCGCAGUGAUUGCAGCCAUUGUUUUACUAAUAAUAAGACAUCUGAAUAAAAGACGGGAGCAGGAGAGAAUGGAAAAAGAGUAUCAGGAAGCAAUAAAACCUGUGGAGUACGCCGACAAGCCAAUGCAUGGCGCCAGCUCGUCGCUCUCAAUAAAUAACGAACAUUCAUCGGGAUCUUUUGAUGAUGAACGCAAAAAUGCACCGGCAAACAAUCCAUUUGAUGAUUCAAGGAGAAUCAGCAACGGCACUGUCGCAAUGAAUUUCAACGCUCCUGUAAAUCAAAAAAUACUUACCGUGGUCAAUCCCGAUGAAGAUUGA